UCGACGCGGCUGCAUCGUGCUUCGCGUGGAAAGGCCGGCCGAUCGAGCAGCCAAUCGAUUAGCGACACCUGCUCGGCCGCAGGAGUUAACGUCUGCGCAGCCGCAGAACCGAGCUACGGGGGCAGGUUGCCCCGCGCGGCGAACCGGAAGUGAGCCGCCGCGGAGGAAGCCCGACGGAAGGCCCGGCUGACGGAUCGUCGAGGUUCGUCGGAUUCGUGGGUCGUCGGGCCGCGGAUCCUGAGCCCCCCUGGGACCCUUCGACCCCGACUUUGGGGCACUCCGGACACUCCACCCACCUCCACCCCCAAGGAACCGAGUUAAAGUUGACUUCCGGGAUUCGUGAUCGCGUUCCUCGGUGCGUGCCAUGUAAUACUGACGGGGACCUCGUUCCUGGGAUCGCUGUCCAUCGGCCAGCUAGGACCAAGGGGCCUCGUCGAGAUCCAAGGACCUCCUAGGACCUGUCGGCACCUCUCUGGACCGCGCCGGCACCAACCAGGACUUCAUCUCGCCCCGGCAAAGAUGAACCAACAGUGCAAGGUCUGCGGCGAGCCGGCGGCUGGUUUCCAUUUCGGAGCGUUCACGUGUGAGGGUUGCAAGUCGUUUUUUGGAAGGACGUACAACAACCUGAACAGCAUAUCGGAGUGCAAAAACGGAGGCGUCUGCGUAAUCAACAAGAAGAACCGCACCGCGUGCAAGGCCUGCCGCCUGCGGAAGUGCCUGAUGGUGGGCAUGUCAAAGUCGGGCUCUCGAUACGGUCGCAGGUCGAACUGGUUCAAGAUCCACUGCCUGCUGCAGGAGCAGACGAACGGGGGGCAGAGUCCAGGGGCACCAGGAGGGCCAUUCGGGCCAGGCUUUCUGCCGGGUUUCCUGCCCCCUCAGGGAGGCCAAGGCCAGCCGGGGAUCUACUCCAAGGACGGCAAAGAGCGCGCCUCUCCGAGCCAGGAAGACCUGGCGCUCCAGUCGCACCUGCUGCACGUGGCCAUGCUGAAACAGGAAAGGGAACGAGGUAACAAGUCCCCUCACCCGGACGACAUCGCCCUGCAGAACCAGUUGAGGUUGCUGGCCUGGCAGAAGGAGCGCGAGAGGGCGAGUCAGCAGCAACCCCCAGGGACGCCACCUCGGGAGGCAACUCCACCCGCGGGCUUCUACAAGCACCCUGCCUCCUCCUCGCCCAUGUUCCCCGUCAACUUCGCCCAGAAGGACACCUCGACGAGUCCCCCGGAGGUCUUCAGACCGUUCCUGCCCAGCUACAAGAGGGCGGCCGACACCCCCAGCGACAGCGGCGCGUCCUCCGUCGACGGCGAGCACGACGAGUCCAGGAGCAACUCCGCCCUGAGCUACUUCAAGGCCAGCACCUCGCCGCCGUUGUCCGAGAGGGAGUUCCCCCCUAGGAAGAUCAACGCCACGGUGACGCUGACCACCGGCUACCAUCCCCACCAGGGCCUGGGACUGAUCUACCCUCCACCUGGACUGGUCACCCCGGCCGCGUCCCAGCACUCGCCGCGGGGUGGCGACCUGCUGCUGGUCAGCCCCAGUCCUGGAGGACUCGCCGUGGAACAGGACGAGCCCAUCGACCUGAGCGUGAGGUCCACCAGGAGUUCCCCUAGACCCAGCCAACCCACCCAUCGCCCUGAUCAUGGGGCCCCGGACUCCGGGGGCAACCAGGACCAGGCCAAGGAGGAGACCACCGCUGCCAAGAGCAAACCCCUCGACCUCACCCUCGGCGUCAAGAGGCCUGCCGAGGUGCCCCUGUCCCUCUAGGGAAUCUCCCUAGCCUUGGGAGCUGGGCUGGUCCCGAUUUUUGUCGCCUCGACUCCCCUUCCCAUGGUGACUUCCUCGACCUGACGGAGUCCUACAUCUGCCAAGGGAUGUUUUCCCGAUCUUUGCGAGUCUCCACCAUCAUUUUGGCAGAUCUGGAUCCUCGGGAGACAGAUGAUCCACCGCGAUGGAGGGAUGCCGGGGGGCCAGUUGCAACCCCAUCAUGAAAUGUGUUCAACCUGUACAUAUCGCCAUUGUCAUACACGCGCGCUGAUUAAUUUAUUUUCUUCUUCCCGAGUAGAUACUAGGGCAUUCGGUGUGCGAGAGGAGGGAUGCGUGGAGGAAUGAGUGACGUAGGUUUUUUAACUUGGAGGAUUUCCCCUAGGAUGAGGGGGUACAUUAUACAUACUUACGCGUUUAUAUGUACAUGAACGAGGGUGCUGCAGGCAAUAUAUACGUGUAUAUAUACGUUCAUAGACUCGUGGAUACUUGGUCAAGUAGCGGAGUGCCUUAAUAUAUAUAAAUAUAAAUAUUCUAUGUAUACUUAUACAGAAAAUAUAUAUACUUCGCUCGGACGAGGCAUCGAGUCGUCUCGUCGAAGACGUCAUACGCGUCAGUUUCCCCAUUGUUAAUUUUCUUUUAAUUUUAAUCACGGAAUUUCGACUCACAGUAUGUGACACAAAAUUCAUACUAAUUGUCCGCAGUAGUAAAGAAGAUGGAAAAGAAAAAAUUAGACGAGCGGAAUCCAUGGAACGUCCGAGGGAGGAUACGCCCGGAAGAGUGAUAAACGUCGCGAAUUAGGUCGUCGAUGUAUAUAGUCCUCGAUGUAUAUAGUCGGACAGGGAUAUCGUUAGUGAGCCCUAUAAUCGCGAUAUCGCCAUUUUGCUUCUACUUCCGGCGCAAUGUCCUCCACUAAGCUAAGAUGCGAUCCUUCAUGUAAAUAUUCUAUGGUAAGUCCGCAAUGGCGACGACGAA